AUAAUCAUCGACCAAUACUCUCCACACACCAAAGCUUUUGCAUUUUGCACCUUAUCUGUAUCGGAAGCGAGGCUUUCUCUCAUGGAGAUGCAGAUGGAGCUCCGGCCACAACCACACGUACUACUAUUGCCCUUCCCAGCACAAGGCCACAUCAAGCCCAUGCUAGCCUUGGCGCAGCUUCUCUGCCACGCCGGCAUCCACGUCACCUUCCUCAACACCGAGCAUAACCACCGCCAGCUCACCCAACGCCAAGCCCUCUCCGCCCGAUUCCCUACUCUCCACUUCCGCUCCAUCUCCGACGGCCUCCCCUCCGAUCAUCCACGCUCCAUUUCCCCUAAUCUCAUGGACAUAGUCUCGUCCCUGAGGUCCAAAACGGCGCCGCUCCUGCAUCAACUCCUGGUCUCCCUCAUGAGCAAAAACGACGUCGGCUCUGCCGCUCAGCUGCCUUCUUUGGGCUGUGUGAUAACAGACGGGAUCAUGUGUUUCGCAAUUGAAGCGGCGGAGGAGGUCGGAAUUCCCGUAAUUGCCCUCCGCACCACCAGCGCUUGCAGCUUCUGGUGUUACUCAUGCAUCCCCAAGCUAAUUGAAGAAGCUCAGCUGCCUUUUGGAGAUGAAGAUAUGGAUAAGAUGGUGAGCGGCAUUCCCGGGAUGGAAUGCCUUUUACGACGAAGAGACCUACCGAGUAUUUGCAGAGUACCAACGGACCACCCGGUUAUCCAGUUUUUCGUGGAAGAGACCAGAGCCAUAACUCGAGCUUCUAGUCUCAUACUCAACACCUUUGACGACCUCGAAUCCUCAAUUCUCUCCCACAUUGCCUCUCGAUUUUCAAAAAUUUACACCAUCGGACCAUUGCAUGCUCUCCUCAAAUCUCGUGUCGUGGACGACAACCUAUCUUCCUCUUUGCGCCAAGAAGACCGUGGUUGCAUGAUGUGGUUGGACUCCCAAAGGGUUGGGUCUGUUAUUUUCGUUAGCUUCGGGAGUCUGGUGAAACUAACACGUGUUCAAUUACUAGAAUUUUGGCACGGAUUGGUUAAUAGUGGGUCCCCUUUUCUAUGGGUCAUCCGCUCAGAUGUGCUAUGGAGUGAUGAAGCAGAGCAAGCGAGUCACGUAACCCCGGCGGAGGUUAUAGUGGAUUGGGCCCCGCAAGAAGAGGUCCUGGCCCAUGAAGCUGUGGGUGGGUUUCUGACCCAUAGCGGGUGGAAUUCGACACUGGAGGCAAUUUGGGCCGGAGUCCCAAUGCUUUGCUGGCCCCAACUAGCAGACCAGCAGGUGAAUAGUAGAUGGGUUGGAGAGGUUUGGAAGAUUGGGGUUGAUAUGAAAGACACGUGUGAUAGAUCGACUGUCGAGAAGAUGAUCAAAGCCUUGAUGAAAGGUGAAGAUAAAGAGGUGAUUUCCAGGUCGGUGGAUCAUUUUGCAAAAUUGGCGCGGACUUCUGUUAGUAAAAAUGGCUCUUCAUACCUUAAUCUGGAGAAACUUAUUCAAGACUUGAGAAAUUUGUGAUCAUCAAGUUCACAAUUGCAUGCUAGCGCAUAUGCAAGAAGUUCAGCUGGGACGCCACAACCAUAUCCUACUUGCUUAAAAACUUAUACUUAUCUAAAGAUCUCCACUCCACCACCAUCCAUUCAUGUGUCAAAGUUGCAUCGUUCUUGCGUGUGUCACUACCGAUGCUCCUCCAAUCGAAAUAAUUCUAGCUAGCACAUAUCUGUCAUAAGUUUGAGCACAUCAUUAAAAAUAAAUAAAUAAAAUAAAUGUAGUGCCGGAAAAAAACUUGACUUGA